CCCUCAUGUUCUGUGCUCUGCGCUCAAAUCUUGAAUGGGCCGAGUUUGCGGACUGGCGUCCAGACGUCGAACAUUGUGCAAGUUUAUGUAGUAUGUGAAUGUGAGGAACGCUUUUAUUCCUUGAAUUUGUGCCUCAUGUGGCAGGCGAUUUUAAAUCCGAGAAUGUUUACGUGGACAGGGGGCAGGCUGGGAGGGAGCGAAGCGGGUGCGCGUUACGCUGCGACCUUAUUCGCCUGCCAACUAAUAUAUCAGGGAAUGGAAAAAGGAUACUGUACCCCUUUAUCCUGCUAAUCACUGCCGCCAGUCGGUUACAAUGCUACUAUUGACUAGGAGUAAUCUGUUUAGUACGGGUUAAGUUUUGUAUAUCUUUGUAGCCAAUUAUAGCAGUAGUAUGUGAGUACAGCACGGUUAUGUCGAGAGAGAAAUAAAUAAUGAAACUUCGAAUCGGGAUAGUAGAUCGUGACAGGAAACCGAUUGGUGGCCCAGGAGCGGAUGAGCAUACUGAAAGCAUUUGCAUGUUUCUACUUUUGCGUACAAACGGUCCAUUCUGAAUUCUGAAACGGCUGUGAUGGAUUAUUAAGAGGGACAGGAAGAUGACGUCAUACAAAGCGGUUCGCUCAACUGUGCACUUUAAACGCAGAACGAUAAAUUCAGUGCAAGGUAACGCUGAACAGGAUUACUGAGUUAAGGCAGGAAGAAUGGUUUGAGAUAGAUGCCAAAUUCGCUUAUUUGGACUUGCCUGUCUAAUGUCUAAGUGUCUUCGCUUAUUUGUGUCUUCGCUUAUUUGGACUUGCCUGUCUAAGUGAUGACAGCUCAGAAUGCAGCUUCCCAGUAUAAGAGGGAGACGUGGGAGGGAUGGGAGAAGUAGCCAGUGGUCGGGAUACUGGCCCUAUGGCGAUGAUGAGGACAUACGAUACACAGGUGUGCCUUGGUGUGCUCCAGUCAAGGUAAAGCACGGUCAUGUGAGUUGCCAGGCACCACGUGGCGAGCGCUUUAAGAAUGUGCUGGGCGCUCGCUGCAAGAUCCACUGCACGAGAGGCUACGAGCUGCAUGGCAGCAGUGAAGUGUUGUGCAUGGCCAGCAAACAGUGGUCAGGCAAAUACACCUGCAGAGAGGUGCGCUGUCCAAAGCUGGUUAUGCCAUCUAACGGGGGUUACAAGUGUUCAGAUGGCUCGUACUUUAACUCCCGCUGUCAGUUCUUCUGCUCGCCCGGGUACACACUUCAGGGAGAUCGCAGUGCCACAUGUCAGAGCAGCAGGACAUGGAGUGGGGGCCGGAGCGUGUGUCUGGAUGUCGAUCCUCCCACCAUUAAGUGUCCGACUGUGAAAGAGCGAACAGCAGAGCCAGGAAAGCUGAGUGCCAAGGUGAUAUGGGACACACCAGAGGGCAAAGAUACAGCAGAUGGCAUACUCACAGAUGUAAUUCUGAAGGGGAAGCCUCCAGGUACACACUUUCCAGAGGGAAACCACAAACAGGCCUACAGCGUCUUCGACCGGGCUGGAAACAAAGCCACCUGUAGAUUCAAUGUCCGAGUCAGAGUGCGCCGCUGCACUCCCCUCUCAGUGCCUGAUAACGGCUGGAUGAAGUGUGACAGUGCAGGAGAUAACUAUGGAGCAACAUGUGAAUUCCGUUGCCUGGGAGGUUAUGAGCUGAGGGGAAGUGCUGCCCGAGUUUGCCAGUUUAACAUGGAAUGGUCCGGCCUUGAGACCAGCUGUGCAUCUAUGAGUAUUAAUGUUGGAGUGCGAUCAGCAGCUGAAUUACUGGACCAGUUCUAUGAGAAACGUCGCCUCCUUAUAAUCUCUGCCCCAACAGCUGCCAACCAUUACUAUAGAUUCCAAGUAUCUAAUUUACAGCAUGCUCAGUGUGGUUUGGAUUUAAGACACGUGACUGUGAUUGAGCUAGUGGGAAUGUAUCCAGCUCAGCUAGGCCGCAUUCGACACCGCCUCAUCCCUCCUGGACUGGCCCUACAACUCAGACUGCUGCUGCAGUUGUCUCAGAAUUCCUUUAACUUGGUGCUGCUGGAUAAGCAAGGAGUGGACAAGCAGCGCUACACCUACCCCAUCACUGCUGCAGAGCUCUUCAGCACUAUUGAUACCUUCCCCCUGCGUACUGAAGAAGCCAUCCUGCAGAAAGAGGCAGGUCACAGCUGCUAGACACACACACACACACACACACACACAACUGACCAACCAAAAAAAUGUAUGCAAUCUUUCACCCAUUUUGUACUGGGUUUAAAGUUACCCAGGCUUAAGGGGGAGGCAGGACAGAGCUGCUACACAUGCAAGCAUGAGUGAUUUUCUUUGAUACCUGUAUGUCAUUUUUUUAAGAUGCUCUGCAACAUUUUAUGUAUUGUCUAUAUUUAUGUCAGUCUAUGUCAGAAUGGAGAGUGGGACCUCUUUCUGCCAGUUCAAUCAAAUCUUAAUUUGUUUAUCGAAGUCCUUUUUUGUUUCGAGAAAUAAAUAUGCUUAACUUGGUGAGUCUAAA